UUGCUGCAGGUUCGGGUCCGAGUCUCCUUGCGGGUGGGGUUGUGAGGACCCGCUACGCACUCGAGAGUGUCCCCGGGCCUGUCCGGGGUGCCGGCGCCGUUCCUUCCUACGGCGGCUCCUGCGGCGGAGCGGACCGGGCAGCAGCCCGCGUCCCCAGCGGUCGACGACAUGCGCAGCCUGCCGUACUUCUGCCGCGGCCAGGUGGUGCGGGGCUUCGGCCGCGGCUCCAAGCAGCUGGGCAUCCCCACAGCGAAUUUUCCUGAACAAGUAGUAGACAGUCUUCCAGCUGAUGUGUCCACUGGCAUUUAUUAUGGUUGGGCCAGUGUUGGAAGUGGAGAUGUCCAUAAGAUGGUGGUGAGCAUCGGAUGGAACCCAUACUACAAGAAUGUUAAGAAGUCCAUGGAAACCCACAUCAUCCACACCUUCAAAGAGGACUUCUAUGGGGAAAUUCUCAAUGUGGCCAUUGUUGGCUACCUCAGACCAGAGAAGAACUUUGAUUCUUUAGAGGCACUCAUUUCAGCAAUUCAAGGUGAUAUUGAAGAAGCUAAGAAACGACUAGAUUUACCAGAGCAUUUGAAACUCAAAGAUGACAAUUUCUUCCAGAUUUCUAAAGGCAAAAUUAUGAAUGGCCAUUGAUGAAAA